AUGAUUCAGAGCGCGAGCGCCUCAGUCUGCCAAGGCGGCCUGGCUCGGCCCGGGGCCUCCCAGGGGACAGCCGACGACGCGUGCCUGGCCUGCUCGUCUGCCCGGCCAGAACGGCCACAGAAGCAAGGAAGCAGAGAAAUGGGCUGUCAGACAGCCAGCCCCGCUGGCCACAGAAUCCAGCAGCUGAAAGCUGUUUUAGAAAGAGCAGUCGGCAGCAGUUGGCAGUGUGAAAUCAGCGCCUUCCUGGACCCAAGAACACAAGCACAAGGGCUGGCGGUGUCUCAGGCUGUAAGAGCGACUCUCCAAGCCUCCAUCCAGGACAUCGUCACGAGUCUUCCUUCCUCUUCACGCACACAGUUUCUCCUGCAGCCUCGGGUGUCUGGGGACUUUAUUACAUGUGACCAGAACUACACAGUGGAGGGACCUCCCCAAGCCACAGUGUGGAGUGAAUCCGGAACCCGAGCCCUGCGGAGCUCCCGGCGGCCCGGCCCCAAGGCGCUGCGGCCGCGCCGCGCAGGCGCGUGGCCCUGCCUGCGCGCCAUUAACACCGUCGUCUUCAACAAGCUCAGCGGCGCUCUGCUUUUUGAGGACCGCGGGGCUCCGGAGCGGGAGCGGGGCGGCAGGCCCUACGGCGGUGUCCUGGACAGUACGCACGCUCGCCCCGAGGUUGGCGUUACGGACGGCGCGCCCCUCAAGGACAACCUGGGCCUGAGACACCGGAGGACCGGGGCCCGGCAGAAUGGCGGGAAGGUGAGGCACAAGCGGCAGGCCCUGCGGGACAUGGCGUGGCCCCUCAAGCAGUGGCUGUACAAGCACCGCGACAGUCCGUACCCCACCAAGACGGAGAAGAUUCUCCUGGCGCUCGGCUCGCAGAUGACGCUAGUGCAGGUGUCAAAUUGGUUUGCUAAUGCAAGACGUCGGCUUAAGAAUACUGUUCGACAGCCGGAUUUAAGCUGGGCCUUAAGAAUAAAGUUGUACAAUAAGUAUGUUCAAGGAAGCGCUGAGCGGCUGAGUGUAAGCAGUGAUGACUCAUGUUCUGAAGAUGGAGAAAAUCCUCCACGAAACCACAUGAAUGAAGAAGGCUAUAAUAAUCCAGUUCACCAUCCUGUGAUUAAAAGUGAGAGCUCAGUCAUAAAAGCUGGAGUGAGGCCAGAGUCACGGGCCAAUGAGGACUACGUAUCGCCCGCAAAAUACAAGAGCAGCUUGUUGAAUUGUUACCUUAACAACUCUUUGAGACACGUCAUGGUCACAAAUGCUGCCAUGAUGGGAAAGACAAGGCAGAGAAACCAUUCAGGAUCUUUUAGUUCCAGAGAAUUUGAGGAGGAAUUGGUAUCUCCCUCAUUGUCAGAAACCGAAGGCAAUUUCGUCUAUCGCACAGUCAUUGUGCAUCUGUCUCUGCCAACCACAGGCCCUUUGCGCUUCCUGCUCCCCCAGCAUGGAACACCCUUUCCGUGGCUCUGUAAUUUGCUGCUCAUCCUUUAG